AUGGGAAUUGCUUUUAAACUAACGCUCUCUCUCUCUCUCUCUCUCUCUCUCUCUAUCUAUCUAUCUAUCUAUCUAUCUAUCUAUCUCAGUUUGUUCUUAUCUAUCUCAGUUUGUUCUUAUCCAUUUAUCUAUCAAUCUUAUAUUCAUAUCUGUCUGUCUAUCUAUCUAUCUAUCUAUCUAUCUAUCUAUAUCUCAGUUUGUUCUUAUCUAUCUAUCUAUCUAUCUAUCUAUCUAUCUCAGUUCGUUCUUAUCUAUCUAUCUCAGUUUGUUCUUAUCUAUUUAUCUAUCAAUCUGAUAUUCAUAUCUAUCUAUCUAUCUGUCUGUCUGUCUAUCUAUCUAUCUAUCUAUCUAUCUAUCUAUCUAUCUAUCUAUCUAUCAGUUUGUUCUUAUCUAUCUAUCUAUCUAUCUAUCUAUCUAUCUAUCAAUCAAUCAAUCAAUUUAUCUAUCUAUCUCAGUUUGUUCUUAUUUAUAUAUCUAUCAUUCUGUUAUUCAUAUCUAUCUAUCUAUCUAUCUAUCUAUCUAUCUAUCUCAGUUAGUUCUUAUCUAUCUAUCUCAGUUUGUUCUUAUCCAUUUAUCUAUCAAUCUUAUAUUCAUAUCUAUCUAUCUAUCUAUCUAUCUAUCUAUCUAUCAGUUUGUUCUUAUCUAUCUAUCUAUCUAUCUAUCAAUCAAUCAAUCAAUUUAUCUAUCUCAGUUUGUUCUUAUUUAUAUAUCUAUCAUUCUGUUAUUCAUAUCUAUCUAUCUAUCUAUCUAUCUAUCUAUCUAUCUAUCUAUCUAUCUCAGUCUGUUAUCUAUCUAUCUAUCUAUCUAUCUAUCUAUCUAUCUCAGUUCUUAUCUAUCUAUCUCAGUUUGUUAUCUAUUUAUCUAGCAAUCUUAUAUUCAUAUCUAUCUAUCUAUCUAUCUAUCUAUCUAUCUCAGUUUUUUCUUAUCUAUCUAUCUAUCUAUCUAUCUAUCUAUCUAUCUGUCUACAUUCAUUGGAAGAUUUUCGUAUUCCACCAAAUAUAA